AUGUCGGCCCCGAGUUCCCCGCCCUCCCUGUUAUCUCGUCUAGAGGUGUCCAAAAUAGGGAUAGAUGAGCUGCGGUUGAAAACGGAGGUGAACGACGACAUCUGGGGAGAGAUCUGCGUGAAGCUCGGCGGCAAGAGAGACUCUAUAAAAUUUGUGUCCGACUUGGCCUUCGUGAGUGCGAAAGAUGUGGUGAAAACAAUGGAUACCAUUGGCGACGCCGUCCAAAAAGGUCGAAUCGGUUUGCUGUAUGAUCUUUGUCGCGAGCAGUGUGGUCUGGCUCUAGCCAUGAAAACCACCAGCCCGGCGGUAGGCUCCACAAGCUCGAAUGCUGACCAGGGUGCACAUUGCUCAAGCACAACCGGGCAAGGGGUCAAGCGUCUGAAGUUGAGCUCCUACGUUGACAGUAGUGAUGACGGAACAUUCACCCUCCUACCAGUGCAGGAUUUCAGCGGACGGCUCACCCGAUUCAAGGAGCUGUAUGGCGAAGUUCCGGUUGACCAGACUCCUACGAGAGAACAGCUCUCAGCUCUCCAAUCUCGUCUCGCGGAGGGCGAUACGCCAUAUACUGACUUCUGCAUAUGGACCCCAGGUCAGAGGAAGAGACUGCGUGAAGAGAAGGUCCGUCGCUGGACAAUCGAUGACGGUUUUCUGACGAAGGUGCCGUCAAUUAAGACACCCUCCCUCUCCCAAUGGCGGGAGAGCUUUGUUAUCUUUAGACAUGCUAUGGUUAUUUUGGACCAGGGGAGCUUCGCUGACUUUGAGCGCUAUAAGUUUGUGAUAGAGAGUCUCGCUGACACCUUCAAGGAUCACUGGAGUGUGAUCUACCAUGCGGACGAGCUUAUGCGCAGCUCUCACGUUGCGGUGUAUAAGGAGAAGAACAAAGGCAUCUCCUGGGGUGCAUGUUUCGUCAAGGCGGCCGACGACUCCGCCUUCUGGAGACUUCACGUCGAUCAUGCAGUAAUGCGAUUACAUUUUGCGAGUCCGAGUGGCCCCUCGAAGAGAUUGGAUGGGAGCUCUACUCCGAGACAAAGGCCAGCAAAGGACGUAGGCCAGCAAUUUUGCUUCGCAUAUCAAGAUGGGAGACAUUCUGGCGAUAAGUGCAAGACGGUCGCCUCCAUCUAUGUCAAGGCUGUCGGUCUCAACAUGACCUCCCUCGGGGACGCAACCGCUGCCCCAGGAUUAAUGCUUCGAAAGCAGUGGUUAGGCCAAAAUCAGAAGUUCGGGUACAAAAGGAUUCGCCUUCUCCAGCGCCUCCGAGAAGAGCCUGAAACUCGACUGCCAGUCCUGUUCUGUCUGCGUCUACUGCACUACCAAGAUCUACGGCUAUCGAGAGUGGUUUUCUAUUUCAUUGUACGGAUGACGCUCCAGCGGCAAACAAAUUUCAUCUGCCGGCGCUGA